CCAAGCCUUUUCCCCCCGUCGUCCAAUCUGAUCACUUGAAAUGUAGAAUGCAUUUCCUUGAAAUUCAAAUUCAACACCCCUUCCUCCCUCACCCGUCAGAUCAUCAUCAUCUGCAUGCCCCUAUAUCCUAUAUAUAUGUAUAUAUAUAUACCCUCCAAUCCAUCCCCCAUAUAUCACCUCGGAUCCACAUUCCUCACUAAUUACUUAAAACACAACACACAAAACAACCCCAAGUUAAAACGCUCUCAUUUUUCAUAUAUAUAUAUAUAUAUAGAGAGAGAGAGAGAGAGAGAGAGAGAGGCUUCUUCGAGGUGCCAUGCAACGUUCAGCGUCAGCCGCCAAUGCCCUGGCCCGUCAAAUCCUUCGCCACCAGACCCACGUCCAACCGCUCCGGCGGCACCAGCCCUGCGACGUCUUCAUCAACCACCGGCGAAUCGACACCAACAAGAACAUCUCCGGGCUACUGUACGACCAGAUCUCCCGGAUGGGGCUCCGGGCGUUUCUCGACAGCAAGACAAUGAAGCCCGGGGACAAGCUGUUCGACAAGAUCGACACGGCAAUACGAGAAUGCAAGGUCGGGAUCGCAGUGUUCUCGCCCAGCUACUGCGAAUCCUACUUCUGCCUGCACGAGCUGGCGCUGAUCAUGGAGUGCAAGAAGAGGGUGGUGCCCAUCUUCGUCGACGUGAAACCGUCGGAGCUUCAAGUCGUCGACGACGGGAACCGUCCGGCCAAGGAGCUGCUGAAGUUCAGAAAGGCCCUGGAGGAGGCCAAGAACACGGUUGGACUAACGUUUGACUCGUUGAACGGGGACUGGUCCGAGCUCUUAACGAGUGCAUCAGACGCGGUAAUGGCGAACUUGAUCGAGGUUGAAGAAGACCGAUCCUCUUCCUUUGAUCAACUUGGCGGGAAUUCAAUUAAUUGAAGAAAUCGAGGCCGCUUGACCAGAAGUACUAAUUUUUUUCUGGAUCAACGGCAGGCACUAAUAUAUAUAGGUUCUAUUAUAAUUAAAGACCCUCUCUUCAGAAUCUGGGGAAAGGGCCAAUUGAUCGAUCAAAUUCCUUCAUUCCUUCAUUUUUCUGUUAAAUAAUUAACCCAUCAUAUUGUUCAUUUUCCUGUGUAUUUUUUCCCUUUUAUUUCUAACUCAUAAUCCAUACUCAAUGCCCGGAGCUUCAUCAAAUUUAUGGGUCUGGGGCUUCAACAAAAUAAAUUGUAAAAUUUUCAUUCCCCCCCCCCCCCCCCCCCCUCUUUUAAUUUCUUUCUGUUGCAUUCUGUAAAAUGCUGUUCAUUAUUG